CUUUGAGGUCCUUUUCAAUCCAGCCCAUUCUAUGAUUCUUUAAUUCUAUGCUUACAACUUUCUUAGGCAAGUUUUGGCUAGCGUGUUUUAUUUUAAUUCACCAGCAUGGUAAUUUAUCACAAGCAAUUGGAAGGCAGAGCUAAUCACCUCAUGGUAACUUGAUCUGCUUCCUGAAUGCCUAAUGAACGUGAUCCUGCAGUAGAUGGAAGCACAGGGCUGGAAGACCUCUCAGGUUACCUCCCUUUAGUUUGGUGGGCUGGAGAAACAGUAUCAGGUCUAAUCAUCAUGUUUCAAGUACAGUGCUGUGGACACAAAUCCUUUAUCAGUGUACAUUAUGCAGCCCAUCUGGAACAAAAUUAUUAAGAUAGUGCCUUUGUGGAUUGCUCCAAACCUGCUAACAUUCUCUGGAUUUGUCAUGAUUUUAGUUAAUUACUUUCUGAUAUCUUUUUAUGACUGGGACUACACUGCUUCAGGUACCAGUCCUGGACGUAUUCCAACCUGGGUGUGGCUGUUCAGUGCUUUUACCACCUUUUGUGCUUAUGCCUUAGAUUCCAUAGAUGGGAAGCAUGCUCGAAGGACUCAGUCCAGUAGUCCUUUGGGAGAACUAUUUGACCAUGGGCUGGAUAGCUGGGCUACCUCCAUUUUUGUGCUCUCUUUUUUUUCUGUCUGUUCCCGGGACAAUGGGAAGACUGGAGUUUCUGUAUAUACAAUGUAUAUGUAUUUAAGCAUUGUCUUGUUUAACUUUAUGUGUUCACACUGGGAGAAAUAUAACACAGGAGUUCUUUUUCUUCCCUGGGGAUACGAUCUAAGCCAAGUGGUGUUAAUAACAGCAUAUCUGCUCACCGGCGUUGUUGGUGUGGAAGUCUGGCAGAAGCCUUUCCUGUUUGGUUAUUACAUUACAGAUGUAUUAGUAAUCUUGCUUAUAGGCUUCAGUUUACUUCUUUCAUUUCCACAAACACUAUACAACAUCCACAGAGCACAUUUAACGAAAACACUGAAGAAUGAUUCUUUGUAUGAAGGACUCCUCCCUCUUGUGUCACCUCUGUUGCUCUUCAUGCUUCUUACAGUCUGGGUGGUUUUAUCUCCAGGCAACAUAUUAGCAAAGCAGCCAAGAUUGUUUUUAUGGAUGGUUGGGGUUACUUUCUCAAAUGUUAUUUGCAAAGUCAUCAUCUGCCAGAUGAGCAGCACUCGGCCCGAGCUGCUGCACUGGUUCCUGUUCCCCUUGGCGCUGGUGGUCUACGCAGCCAUCUCAGGGCUGCUGGGCUGGGCAGAGGAAGCCGUACUGGGUGCAUUCACCGUGCUGGUCACGGCUGCACAUGUGCAUUACGGUGUCUGUGUGGGGAGGCAGCUGAGCGAGCACUUCAACAUUUACAUCUUUUCCCUGAAGAAACGCGUCCAAGAAUGAACACCUGCACUGUGAUCAGACUGUGACACUUCACAUGAGAUUUCCAGCUUUUUGAUGUGAUAAAUAGUGGAAUGAAUCUGAUUAGAACAACCAAAGAACAGAAUAGCCCAGAUACUCGAACCACUGUGAAAACGAUGCUUCAUCUCAGAGGAAAAUUGCUGUCCGGCAGAGAGGCGUUCACCAGGCUGUUCUGCUGCCAGUAUUUAUUCUCUUCACUAAUGCCAUGUCCCCGCUCUGAAGCUCUGAUCUCCCUCUUCCUUGCCCCUGUGCCCCAAGCCCUGGGUACCGCCAUGCUGGGUCACAUGGGACCCACCAUCUUUUAUAACCAGCACCGCUUUUGCCCGCUCUGUCCACCAGUGGGACCCUGCAGUGCAGACCCAGCCGGUGCGUCCUUCCCACUCAGACAUCUGCACCUGCUGCCAUUUCCAUAUUUGUUUCCUCACAACUCGUUUCUUCCGCGCAGCCUCCUGAAGGGCUUACGUACACCCAGGCUUUUCUUCACCUCAGUUGAAUGUGUGAAGAGAAUGAGAUCAGAAAGUUACAGGCAUGCCGUAUCUUCUCCCUCUCCAGCAUUAGGAUGAGCCUCAGCUGACCUGCAUCUGUCAAAAACACUGGCUCCAUACUCAAGGAACUUCCCUUUAUGCUUCUGUUCCAUGCAGCAACCAGUGUGCGGUUGGUAUUGAAGCAGCAGCAACCAGCAUGCCCUACGAAGGUAAUCAGCUGAGGAUAAAUGCAGCCAGCAAAGAUGCUCAUCUCUCACUGCCCAACGGGUGGUUGCUGGUAGGCCGACUCAGCACGUGGCUUUCAAGACCAUGAACAAGCAGGGAAAAAUGAGCCUCGUUCGAAGCAUUUUUAAGCUUCCUCUCUCAGUGCAAAAUGCUAAGCAAGUGAUUAUUUGCUUGUGUUCUUGAUCUGAAUUCUUGUGGUUUUAGAUGAUAGAAAAAAAACAACAAACAAGACAAGAAUUGAGAAGAGCUUUUUUUGCUUUUCAAUAUCCCCAUUUGCAUGCAGAUGUAAACCGCUCACUUCAUCCAUAAUCUGCAUGGGUUUCUGUGUGCCUUGGAGGAAGGCGCAGAAAUCUGAGUUCCGUCACUCCCUACGCUGCCCUCACCAAAGGGCCCCAAAACUAUCUGCCCGCUCGCCCCAUUGGGAGCACUUCAUCACAUUUCUUGCACAGAUGCACGAGUGACUGACCGGCACGUGUUUCCAACAGGGAACUAUCUCAGCCACCAGAAGCAGGGCAGAAGCAGUUACCUAGUCACUAAACAUUAGUUUCAUCAACUUAACGUGCGCACUGGGGACGAGCCUGUGUUGUCUUCCCUUCUUCACAAAGCAGCUACCCCAGAUGAACUUGUGAAGUACUUUGCGCUUUGGAAGGAUGCACAUUCCACCUAAUCAACGAGCACGCUGAGGGCCCCUCCACCUCAAUGAACACCACACUACAGUCCAAAGCAAGCUUAAGGCUCGAGUCAGGCAGAAGGCGCAGGUGGCCUUGUUCAUGGGGUUUUGCUGAGGGGGGGAGGCUGCUCCUCUGGGAGAGAGGAGCAGCAGCUUCCAGCAUCCCUCCCUGUUGUGGACCCAUCCCUGCCCCGUGUGGUGCCUUGGGGGCAUGGGGCUCCAUGGAGGUGCUCCCUAGGUGCCCGAGGUCUCCCUCAGAGCCAGGCUGAUGCUUGCUUAAUGAAGGAUGCUACAAACAGUCCUGCGCACGCUGUGUUUGAAGGGGAACUAUGAGCCUGAGGUGCACCCAGCAAUCUCACUGUUUGAUGAAGUUAAGCAUCGAUUCAAAUUCAAGAUUCACCAUUGUACGAGUCUCGCCUAUUUCAAUAUUUGUAACACAUCCAUCAGAAGUACCUGGAGGAAGUCUUGACAAGAAAAGAACAGGAAUAGAGAACCCAAAAAUAUGUCUGGGCUGAAAGCGAUUGUACUGGAGAACUCUGGAUAGGUUUUCCUUUUCCCCCCAUCUUGCACUUAAUUGUAAAAUAACUGGAAAUAAUGGUCACAGAAUCGACACAAUUUGAUGCACUGUACUGGAGUAUUUUGAAAUAUUACAUUAAUGACAUUAUAAAACUUGAACUGCCACAGCUGCCUGCACUUGUCUCUUUCUGAAGAGAAGUAGAACAUCGAUUUAAAAGGAAAUUGAGCACUUUUUUCCUUUUUAAAGUUGUUUGUCACUACAGUCUAUAUAAAGACAAGUAUAAGCAGAGAUAAUGCAAUGCACACUGUAUAUACUGAAUUGUUAACCAUCGUAGGUGGUAACCAGUUCAACGAAAGAGAAUAAAAAUGCUCUGUUCAUACA